AUAUAAAGAGACGUGGAGUUUAUAGACGGGUUUCAGAUCAUUUCGCGCAAACUCUCGUACCUGUUUCUAAACGCGAAUUCAGAGUCCGGGUGGCGAGCUUACGUCCUUAAGCCGAAUAUCAAUAACGCCAAAGGGAAAACAGACAUUAUCAAGGACCUUAAAGGUAGCAGGUUAGAAUGCUGUAGUGAUAAAGCACGACCUGUUCUCCUCGCAUCAGCUCUUAUUUCCUCUGAUAAGGCUGUAUUAUGGACAGGUGUCUUCAGUGCCCAAAAUGACAGUGAUCCAGAAAACACCGCAUUAGCUGUUUACAACAUCAGUAAUGUUGACGGCAAAUUUAAGGAUUUCUGCAUCAGCUCCGACGCCACAUAUUAAAAAAGAACCAAUUCAACCAAUAGCAGUAGUUUUCAUGUACAAGUCAAUGAGUUCAGUAACAGCAGUUAGGGAAGGAUCCUGGAUUGUGCUGUUCAUGGGAACCAAGGAUGGACAACUGAUAAAGCUUGUGUUGGAUGAGAGAUUCAGUCCAGGCUGUCCAACAGUGCUGUACAGAUCUGAUGUUGAUCAAGAAGUGUUUCCCAGACUGCAUUUAGAUCCAGUAGAUUCCAAGUAUAUCUACAUAGCACUGAAGAACCAGAUCAGACGAGUGCCUGUUGUUCAGUGUGCUAAAUACAGCUCUCUGAGAGACUGCAGAGAUACUUUAGAUCCUUUCUGUGGCUGGUGCACAAAUAUGCACAGAUGUUCUACCCAGAAUGAAUGCUCAAACUCUUCGUGGGUGUCCUUCCCAGAACAUUCUCUUCAGAAACAGCUGCUUUCUUUUCAGGUGGCAAAGAAAUCAUCUGGAGAGAUUACUCUAUAUCUGACCUUGAGUCUGGAGAGCACACGAAAUCCUGCCUUCUCGUGUGCCUUCACCACAGGAGGUGUGAACCUGUGUUACAGAUCUGAUCCUUCUGCAGUUUUUCCAAACUGCUCCUGUAGCUUUUCAGACGACCGUCUGUCUACUGGAGGUUUGGAGGUCUUAGCUACGGUUAUUAUUAAAGAUCAGGAGAUCACAGAGACACUGAUGCUGAAAAACUGCUCCAGAAUUACAGAUAUUUCACCAAAUGCUUCUUAUACACAGUGUGUCCAGUGCGUCACAGCUGGAUGUCAUUGGUCAUCUUCUUCCAAGCGUUGUGAUUGGACACAUGGACCUGAGGCACAGUUAGAUGUACAGGUUGUACGUAAAGAUGUAUACUGUGAGCUCAAAGAGCCAACGAUUCUCUUUAUAGAGCCCAAUAAAGUUUCUUUCCAUGGCAGAAACAGUGUUUUACUAAAAGGAAGUAACUUGGAACAUGUCACCAAAAUCCGUAUUCAAGGCGAUCUGGACUGCAUUUCUAAAGAGUCUCCAGUGUUUGAUCGGUCCAGUGACAGUCUGAGGUUUCACAUUCCUCCAAGUGGAACUAAGGGAACAGCGAAAGUGUGUGCUGUUACUGAGGAUGGCCGUUGUCAUGGUAACAGCACCAUCACUUAUAGUUCCCAGCCCAGCUGCACAGGAAUACAACCCAAAGUCACCUGGAAAAGUGGUGAAAGGAAGAUUCAUGUGCAGGGGACCAAUAUGGAAUUUGUGGAAUCCAUUGUCCAUUCCUCCAAUGAAGAGCUCAAAACACAAUACAACACAACCACAAGGGACCUUUGGUUUCACACCCACCCUAAUGAUGGCAGUGGUCCGACUAAUUUGACGUUGAAAGUUGGGAACUCCACUUUAUACUGUGCAGAUUUGAUCUACCACCCUGAUCCAGUGUUCACUAAAAUCACACCUAUACAGCUCUCUGACCAUCUACAGGUGACCAUUAAGAUGAAUGCAGAAAAGUUGAAUCUGAGUCUAAAUGAGAUAAAAGUGAUUGGUCUAAAAGACGAACAGAAGUAUGAGUGUGUUUUGAAGGAGAUUGAAUCCAGUAACAUUAUAUGUGACAUUAAAGGAGACCUCAAAACUGUGGAAUCAGUCACGAUAAAAGUUGGGAAUUUUUGUAAAACCCUUGAGAUUACUCAAAAUCACUUACUAUACUUAUACAUCCUUGCCGCGUUGAUUCUACUGAUUAUUUUGGGCUCUGUUGUUGGAGUUGUUUUCCACCGUAGGAGCCAGAAACAAAUGAAUCAGAGAAUGAACAACGAAUUGGAAAAACUGGAGAUGGACAUUAGAAGAGAUAUAAGACAAGGCUUUGUUGAUUUGCAAACAGAAAAAUCUGACUUGAUCGAAAAUGUUGGAGCGAUACCUUUCUUGGAUUACAAACACUUUGCUUCAAGAAUCUUUUUUCCUGAGGCUGGCCCGCAGGCAUCAAAAGACAUGAUCAAAGAUAUUGGGCAGGACUCAGUGCAGACCUUGAUGGAUAAGAAAUGUCAGGCUUUUGCUACACUGAUCAGAAAUAAACAGUUUCUUACUUGUUUCGUGCACGCGUUAGAGGAACAUAAAGACUUUAACAUUAAAGACAAAUGUACAGUGGCAUCUCUGUUGACUCUGGCUCUUCAUGGGGAUCUCAUUUAUCUCACAGAGAUAAUGGAGGACCUUCUGCAGAGUCUCAUGGACCAGUCCAGCAACACCAAUCCCAAACUUAUGCUGCGCCGCACUGAGUCCAUCGUGGAGAAACUCCUCACCAACUGGAUGUCCAUCUGUCUGUACGGCUUUCUUAGGGAAUCUGUUGGUCAGCCUCUCUUCUUGUUGGUGUCAGCUCUGACUCAGCAGAUAUCAAAAGGGCCUGUAGACUCGGUGACAGAGAAAGCUCUGUACACACUUAAUGAAGACUGGCUUCUCUGUCAAGCACAAGACUUUGAGGCCGUGAAACUGAAGGUGCUGUUCGCUGUGGGAACUGAUGGAGAGGUCAGCGAAGUCUUGGAGGUCAACGCGCUGACAUGUGACACGAUACAUCAGGUCAAGGAGAAAAUCUUACACACCUUCCAGCGCAAGUUUGGUUUCCAGUACACACAGAACAUCAGAGACAUUGAAAUCGAAUAUGAGAAGGCUGGCAGUUUUAUCAUGCUACAGGAAGUCGAUGACACCUCAGAGGUUCGAGGACAUGUUACCAAGUUAAACACUCUAAAACAUUAUCAGGUGACCGAUGGAGCUUGCAUUAAAGUUCUGACAAAAAGAUUCCACGCACCGCUGAGAUCUCAGAGCAGUGUGAAAGAUGACAAGAACUUCUGUAUCAAGUACUUCCAUCUGGAUCCAGACAUUGACAGAGACCAAAGCAAACAUCCAGAGAAAAAAGAAGUCAAAUUCAAAGAAGUUUACCUUACAAAGCUACUGUCCACCAAGGUAGCAGUCCAUUCUUUUGUGGAGACCCUUUUUAGGAGUAUCUGGGGAUUGCCCAACAACAGAGCUCCAUUGGCUGUCAAAUAUUUCUUCGACUUCCUGGAUGCACAAGCAGACAGAAAAAAGAUCUCGGAUCCAGAUGUUCUCCACAUCUGGAAGACAAACAGCCUUCCACUGCGUUUCUGGGUGAACAUUCUGAAGAACCCUGACUUUGUGUUCAGCGAUAUGGAGAAGACGCCACAUCUGGACAGCUGUCUGUCCGUCAUUGCUCAGGCCUUCAUGGACUCCUUUUCCCUCGCUGAGCAAAACCUGGGCAAGUACUCACCAACCAAUAAGCUGCUCUAUGCGAAAGACAUCCCUCAGUACAAACAGGAAGUGAAGGCGUACUACAAGAUAGUGAAGGAUCAGCCACUUAUCAGUCACCAAGAGUUCAAACUGUUCCUUCAGGAGGAGUCAAGGAAACAUGAAAAUGAGUUCAAUGAAUCUGCUGCCCUGCGUGAACUCUACAAAUACAUGCUCCGCUAUUUCAACGAGAUUUCUCAAAAGCUGGAGCAGACCGAUGCCCCCAGUGGGUUGAAAGAGGAUAUGCACAAUGUGAAAGAACUUUUUGACAACAUGAAGAGAAGCCCUUGGAGCUGAAGUUCUUUUGGUCUUGCUGUGCAUCUUUUGAUGUGAUUAUACAUGUGCCUACAGACUUUUGAGUUUUAACACUGCAUUUGAAUGGGGGACUGUGCAUUCAUAGUGAUGUCAUCAAAACAAAAUAUUUUAGCCUUAAAGAAUAUUUCUGUCUACCGGACAUUGUUUAGGGACAAAGUGAAUGUAAUGUAUGCUGUCUCAGCGUUUGAGUCAUCUUCACGGUAAAUUUAAAGUCAUGACUUGCAAUGCAAUACAAAUUACUGUAAUACUGUACAAUUUAAAAACAUUAUUAUUAAGUUUAACUACUGCACAUUUAGCUUUGUAAAUCUUUUAGUUUAUUACCAUUUUACUAUGAAGCAUUAACAACUAAUCACUAUCUUUUUGUAAUUAUGAUGGCAUCUGAGCUAGCCUCUAUUGUACUAAUAAAAUUUGUGUGAU